AUGGAUCUCCGAUCGGGUCUUCCUGACAGGCACGUCAAAACCCGGAUCUUGAAGCCCAUCCUUCGCGCCUAUGCCCUGGGAUAUCUAUCUGCUGUCACCCCCAAGCUCGUCACCUACGCGCGACGGCUUGCAAGCAGAGACUUGUCUCCCAAACAGAAGCUUCGAGAGUUGGCUCAGGUUCUAGCCGGGCCUCUGCGCAUCAACAGCUUCCCGACUUUUUGUGCCGCUCUGGUCGGUGGUUCAAAUUUGCUUCCGGUACUGUUGUAUCGGAUAUUCACAUCCAUUGCUGCCGGUCCUUCCAAAGGUGACAUCCGGAUAUCCCAGACUGUCCGCCGUCUGAUUCGAUUCGCCUCUGCCUUUGUCUCUGCAUGGUUUAGUUUCGAGCUUUUGAACAAAAAACGUCUUCUCUCGUGGGACAAUGUCCGGUCCAAAAGGGCCUCCUCAGAUCAAGAACCCAGCAAAGAUGCCGUAGCCAAUCCGCUUGACCAUCCCCGUCCCGAGUUGGUCGGGAGGACGAUGGAUCUGACGCUUUUUACAGUCACAAGAGCAGUGGACGUGAUAGCAUGUCUAGCGUGGAAUCGCUGGUACCGCCGGCGCAAGGCUCAGAAUCGCUGGACUCUCGCCGAGUCCCUAGCUCCAGGUCUGGCAGAUGCAGGGGUUUUUGCAAUGAGCGCGGCCGUGGUCAUGUGGGCGUGGUUCUAUGAGCCGGAGAGAUUGCCCGGAACGUACGAGAAAUGGAUUGGGGAGGUAGCCAAGGUGGACUCGCGUUUAAUCGAGGCCCUCCGCCGGGCUCGCCGAGGGGUUUUUGUAUACGGAAAAGAUACAGGCCAAGCACCCCUUCUCGAAUCCAUGUGCAGAGACUACGACUGGCCCGAGGAAUGGGGGGAUCCCGCCAAAACAGUGCCCAUUCCAUGCGAGAUGGUACACAUGGGCUGCGGCCCCAAUUGCGAGAUACACGCGCUGUAUCGCUUUGCCAGGACUUUCAAGUUUGCUUGUGCAACCUACAUCCCACUACAGAUGGUCCUGCACCUACGAGGGAUGAAUAGUCCGGCUGCUCUUGGCCGCGCAAUCUCUGAAGGUGCCCAAUCAUCUGCCUUCCUUGCCUCAUUUGUGAGCCUGUUCUACUACGCCGUUUGUCUCUCUCGAACGCGCCUGGGCCCCCGGAUCUUCGACCAGAAGACGGUCACUCCGCUGAUGUGGGAUUCCGGACUCUGCGUCGGAGCGGGAUGUCUCAUGUGUGGGUGGAGUGUAUUGGCCGAGAAAGCGCGGAAGAGACAGGAGUUGGCGCUUUUUGUGGCACCCCGCGCUGCGGCCACGAUAUUGCCACGAUUGUAUGAUGCAAAGUAUCAAUACCGCGAGCGUAUCGCCUUCGCUGUCAGCGCCGCCGUUCUUCUCACUUGCCUUCGGGAAAAUCCCAAGUUGAUCCGAGGUGUUUUUGGCCGCAUCACCAACAGUGUGUUGAAUUAG